CGGUGGGUACCGCGCGCGGAGGGAUGCACGCAGGCGCUCCGCGGUGUGUGCGAGCUGCGGGCUGACCGCUGAGCGUUGCUGACUGCUCCGGGGAGAGUGGGGAGCAUCUCUGUGAAGCCGACCAGCGCCGGCUGGUGCCUCCAGUGUGCACAGCGGCAGAUCCUAGCCGGAGAGGGGUGCGCAAACAGCAGCCCGGUGGUCGGCAAGGAAAGCACGGACAGUCAUUGGAGAUCGAGAGGCGACGGGACAGUGGCCAGCGUCCAUCGCACCGGCUGCAUUCAGGAGCCGAGGCAUUGGAUGACCGGAACCAAGGCCCGGAAUUGUAUAAGACAGCGUAUUGUAUUGUAUUGUAAGACAGCGUAUUGUAUUUGAGACGUCUUAUACAAUUGUAUUGUAUUUAUACAAUUGUAUUGUAUAAGACGUCUCAAACGGAAACAACCGCAACAGCCGGCCGCCUGGCUGACGGGAACACUGAGCAGUGAGAAGCAGUUUGCCAGACGUACCGUUCCACAAUGAAGACACACAGUGUGCAGCUGCGGGGCGGCCUCAAGAUGCCGCUGCUGGGGAUCAGCUGCCCGGCCGGCGGAGAGCGCCGGGACGUCGGCGCCGCCGUGCGGGCCGCCCUGCUGGCCGGCUACCGGCACAUCGACACCGCCUUCUCACACGGCCACGAGAGGGAGGUGGGCGCCGCCAUCAACGCCGUCAUCGCGUCCGGCAGACUCAGCCGCAGCGACAUCUUCGUGGUGACCAAGCUGCCCAUGACGGGCAUGCAGGCCGGCCGGGCCGAGGCCUACCUGCGCAGAUCUCUGCAGCUGCUGGACCUCGAGUACGUCGACCUGUACCUGAUCGAGCACCCGGUUGGUCUGGUAGAGAAGCACCGAGAGAACGGUAACCACGGCGAAACACCAUGCAGCGUGACUCCAGCAGCGGACGAGCUUCAGCGGCGGAGAAAAGGCUUCGCACUCAACAGAAGCAUCAGUCUUCAACAUGAUGCCCUUAUGACUUUUGGAGCCAGGUACAAACCCAACAUCACUACGGGCCGCAGACGCAGCGUGUCCCUUCAAGCCGAAUCCCACGCGGACAGAGAGCUAAACCUGGCCCUGUGUCUGUCACCCACGGACACCGACCGUCUGGAGCUGGACCUGGGGACCGACCUGCUGGCCGUGUGGCGCGACAUGGAACGUCUGGUUCGGCUUGGUCUGACCAAUAACAUCGGCGUGCGCAACUUCAGCGUCCACCAGCUCACCAAGGUGGUGGCGGCGGCCGAGAUCGCGCCGGCCGUCCUUCAGAUCGAGUGUCACGCCUACUUCCAGCAGCGCGAGCUGCGCCGGCUCUGCCAGAAACACAACAUCGCGCUGACGGCGUUCGGCGCGCUGGGAGAGACUCCCGGCCAGCGGCAGGCAGAGGUGAACGGCAACGGACUGUCCGAAGUCCAGAACGGGAAAAGCGUUGUUCAGAAAGCUCAAAACGGUACCAGAGUGGUUGAGGUGAUCCAGGAUAGAAACUGCGUGGACAAAAAUAUGUUGAAUGGCAAUAGUAUCGUCAAGUGGCUGCAGGACAAAACGGCCGAAAUGGUACAGAAGGGAAACGGAACGGCUGAAAAGAUCCAGAACAGAAACGACAUAGUCGAUAACAUGGUGAACAAGAACAACAUGGCCAAUAAUAUGUCAAACGGGCACGACGCGAGCAGGACGAUUUCAGACGGGAGCAGCGUGACCAACAAGACACCGAACGGGAUUGGUGAGACGGAUGAUGUACUGAGCGACGACGGCGACGGCGAGGAGAAGACGCCGGACCUGCUCCACAACCCGGUGGUCCGGCUGGUGGCGCUCCGACACAAACGGACUCCGGCGCAGGUGCUGCUCCGCUUCCUGGUGCAGCAGAACAUUGCCGUCAUCCCCGCGGCGGCCAGCGACAUGGCCGUCAAGGAGGACAGGAGCAUCUUCAACUUCCAGCUGGACCAGGUGGACAUGGAGGCGCUUCGCUCGCUGGAGCGCGGCCAGGCCGGCCGGCGCUUCUACUUCCGCGACGCGUUCCCCGGGUACGAGAACCACCCCGAGUAUCCGUUCUGAGCCGAGUUUGAACGCUCUCUCGGGAGUCGCGAGUGAUGGUCGACUGAUGUAUAACUAUCUUUUGCACGGUGCACAGUGCACACUGUGUGUUGCAGGUGCUAUCUACAAGUAGUUUACGGGAGUGUAUUUUUGUUAUUAGUGUAACCCAGAGACACAUGAGUAGGCAAUUAUUGUAAGGAGGUAGAAACUACACAAUCGUACAUUUUACCACAUGGAAAUUGGGAAAUGGUUCAGGAAUCUUGAGGCAGAAAACAUCGAUCCUGCACUUUACUGGCGAAUUUGUAAUGGUCUUGUAAGUUGUAUUCAAUUCCUUCCAGCCACACCCUCUUUCUUAACUUAGUUUAUACUUUCGAAAGCGAAACGGGAGGACAAGUGUACGUUACCAUGUUACGUGCAGAAGGGAUAAUACACGAGUUCCAUCUGUGACAAACUCAGCCGAAAUUG